AAACGACAACGUCUCAAGUAUCAGUUAGUCAGCAGCGCCAAUGAGUACGUGCGGUUCUUAAAAAAAGUGAUUAAAAAUUAAAAUACAGUUCGGAUAAAAUUUCUAAUUUGGUCGGGGGUCGGGAGACGCAAAAUCCGAAUGGCUGUGGCUGCUCUGGCACUGAACCAGCAACUCCUCUGCUUUUCAAACUCAAAGACAAGAGCAAAAUCAAAGCCAUGGUUCCCUAAAAGGGCAACCCUUUUGAAUUCUCAAAAGAAGGCUCAUGACUUUAGAGUUUCUUGCUCUUCCUCUCCAACUUUCCCGUCCCCAGAGGCCAACACCCAGACCGCACAAUCUUGUGUCAAUCUGGGCCUCUCACUCUUCUCCAAAGGACGGGUUAAAGAUGCUUUAGUCCAGUUUGAAACAGCACUUAGUUUAGAUCCAAACCCCGUGGAAACCCAAGCUGCUCUUUAUAACAAAGCCUGCUGUCAUGCCUAUCGAGGGGAAGCAAAGAAAGCCGCUGAUUGUCUCCGUACUGCUUUGAGAGACUACAACCUCAAGUUUGGUACAAUUCUAAAUGAUCCUGAUCUGGCCUCCCUUAGAGCAUCACCUGAGUUCAAGGAUUUGCAAGAAGAGGCAAGGGUGGGUGGAGAAGAUAUAGGCUACAGUUUUCGAAGAGAUCUCAAACUUAUCAGUGAAGUCCAGGCCCCAUUUCGUGGGGUUAGGAGAUUUUUUUAUGUGGCAUUCUCUGCAGCUGCUGGAAUUUCACUGUUCUUCACUGUACCCAGGCUAUUUCUUGCUGUUAAAGGUGGUGAUGCUGCUCCUGAUUUUUGGGAAACUGCUGGCAAUGCUGCCACAAAUAUUGGAGGUAUCAUUGUUCUUGUGGCAUUAUUUUUCUGGGACAACAAGAAGGAGGAAGAGCAACUUGCACAAAUAUCCCGAAAUGAAACUCUCUCGAGGUUGCCUCUGCGCCUUUCGACCAAUCGGGUUGUUGAACUUGUGCAGCUACGGGACACUGUUAGGCCAGUUAUUUUAGCUGGGAAAAAAGAAUCUGUUUCCUUGGCUAUACAAAAGGCUGAGAGAUUUCGAACUGAGCUCCUUAGACGAGGUGUUCUUCUAGUUCCUGUCAUUUGGGGUGAAGGUAGAACACCGCAAGUGGAGAAGAAAGGUUUUGGUGUUUCUCCUAAGGCACCAGCUGCUCUUCCUUCUAUUGGGGAAGACUUUGAGAAACGAGCUCAGUCUGUAACUGCAAAAUCAAAGUUGAAAGCUGAAAUUCGAUUUAGGGCUGAGGUUGUAUCACCGGAAGAAUGGGAAAGGUGGAUUAGGGAUCAACAAAAGUCUGAAGGAGUUACUCCUGGUGAGGAUGUGUACAUAAUUUUGCGUCUAGAUGGUCGAGUUCGAAGAUCAGGAAAAGGAAUGCCUGAUUGGUCACAACUAGUGCAAGAGCUGCCACCAAUGGAAGCAUUGCUAAGCAAACUAGAAAGAUAAAAUCUCUGUUACCAACCCUUAUUUGGGUGUGCUUCAAACUAAGACGAACAGAUUGCGGAGCAGAUGGAAAUCUCUCUUGUUUGAUUAUUCAUGCAUUAGACUACCAAUUUUUUUUUCAUGGUUCCUUUACACAGCAAGACUACAUCCAUAGUUCUAGCAAUGUAUGUUAUUGCUUUGUAAAUUAGAGCAUGCAAAUAUUUGAACACUCUGGUCAUGUAAUUCAUUUUUUAUUUCUACCCAUGUUUGAUCUGUACCCCUUUUUCUCUCUAUUUCUUUUUUCCUUUUGGAGGGUGGGAGGUUGCCUUUAUGGUGUACUUUUUUGGUUUGUUUAUAUUUUUUAUAUGCAAAUAAUGGCCCAACCAAGA